CCAUAGCCAAGCAGGGGGGGGAAACCGUACAGAGCUGGAGGUGAAGGAGUAGGAAGCGAUGGCGGGCGCCAGGAUGACUCCCCGCAGUUGCGGCAUCUGCGAGGUCGUCAAUCAGCCAUCGGUUUGUGCAGCAUGCGUCAACCUCAGUCUUCGUGAGAAGAGAAAAGUGCUGAACCGGCUGAUGCAGAAGCGAGAUCAAUUGAGGGACCAACUUGGCACCAAGCUCAUGUUGAUUCGGGAGGCAGGCCGGCAACGCCAUUUCCGGCUAGAUCACUCAGAGAGAUGUGAUUGCUUUUCAAAGGCAAUCAAUCAACUGGGAGAGCAGCUCCAUCGAGCUAGGUUGGACCUGGGGAGAAAAGAAGAAAUAAUCAAUGCACGUGCUACCCGGCUUUCGGAGGCACAAUCCAAGCUUGCCGCAAAGCGAGCAGAACUACUGGUACAGGCUUAUCCUGAUAUAUUGCGAGCACACUCACUCGGAUUGACAGUGGUUGCGUCAGAGCUUUCACAAGUCCGGAGAUACUUUCUCAAGUGCUUGCAGACGAUCCUGCCUCUGCGCUUGCCAAUCAUGGAUGGUUCAACGACUGCUUGGGAUGGGCGGCGAAUGCUGGCCAACUGUCUAUAUAUAUGCGAGCAACGGCUUCCGGGGGAGGAGGACCUACAGUGUGUGCCGCAGGCAGAGUUAUCUGCAGCACUUGGGUAUAUGGUCCUGCUAGUAAACCUUGUAUCCCGUUAUCUUGGCGCCCCUUUGCUUCAUCAGGCAGGCUUUGCGGCUUCAUCAUCAAGGAUCUGGCAAAGAGCAUCCUACUGGGAUUCCAGGCCAGCCGCUCGUGGAAUGGAGCACCCGCUUUUUCUUCCCCGCAAUAUCAAUGCCGAGGAGCUUUCAGCAGCAGCAUAUGAGUUGAGCCCCAGCAGAGCGGACAGCUCUGGGAGAAUAUGUGGACAGGGUGUUGACAUUCUUGCUCGGCCCAUGUCUGCACCACCGCACCAUGAAGGCGAUAGGUCAUCAGGAAGCCAGUCAGGCAGAGCGGGUAUGCAGCCUCUUGCUCCACGGACAUCUCGUUACAGCAUGGGUGCAGUGGAAGGAGUGCCGCCAGCUCAUGUUGAGCCUCUUCGGCAUAGUGAUGGGAGUGCAGUUUAUCGAGAGGUGCGCAAAGGGAUGGCAAUGCUCCGGCGAAGUGUUGCAUGCAUCAAUGCAUAUGAAUCUGCAGUUCCAGGCAUUCGGACAUGGGAGCACCAACCCCAAUUUUCAGCCUUUGCAGUGAUGCUGUCUGUUCUUCGUGACGGGGGGUCUCAACUUGGUGUGCCAUCAGGAACUGACAUAAGCAGAGUACACAUGCCUGGUGCAAAAGGGGAGGGGGUGGCUGGUGCCCCAAGGACUGGGCAGGGUCUGGAAGGGGCAAGUGGACAGGAGCCGUGUACAAAGGACGACCCAGAGGACGAUCCAGAGGUUGGUGAGUGGAAGUUUGUGCUAAUCAAGCCGCCGUUCCUCCCUCCACCACCAUCCUCGGGGACUGAUGAUAUUGAACACUGGUGGCGAGCCAUGUCAUUGGAUGCCACAUGACACAGUUCCCAUUUUCCGAGAGUGUGGCACAGUUUGGGAAUUUCUGGUUUUUCAUCGCAGUUCAUCCGAUUGCACAAAUGCAGCAAGUCCGAUGUCAAAGCCCACCAGCGCUCUGCUACAACCACAAGUCAGCAGCCGAUCAGUUUAUGGCAGGAUCGGUGGGCAAACUGUGUCAGUCUAUGUGUUCUGAGGUGGCAUGGAGGUGUUAGGCAGUCAAGGAAGGCGUUGGAUAUGACCAGUGAGUCAGUGACCAAGCAGCAUGCAUCGACCAGGCCAAGCCUUUCCGUCUGUUUCAUAUGCACACGCUGCAGACUUCUCGGGAGUUGGGUAGCACCCAGGUUCUGGCCUGCCAGGCUUUGAUGAAAGAGAGCAGGAAAGCGAUUGCAUAUUGCUGUUGUCAACGAAAAAAAACGCUGGGAAGUUCGAACUGGGAUGGGCGCAUUCUUUGUCGAACUGCAGGGAAGGCAGACAGACGAUCGCCAUCCAUUCCUUGAGUGUAUCCGUGGACACAGGUUUGACGAGGCAGUGAGAUGGGAUGGCUGGAUCCUUCGUCAAACAAACUGCAUGGAAGCCAGACAGAGGGCCACCAUCCAGUGAUUGAGUCAUUGGGCAGCUCUGAUGAGGCAGUCUGCAUGUGUACACAGUUCAAAUCGUGGAAUGCGGUCGAUCAAGCUGUAUAGACAGAUGAAAGAGCGCGCAUGUGCAUGCAGGAAGUGGAAUGAGCCCAACCUUGUGCCCAGUCAGCAGAUGGAAAGGGGUGAAAAGUCGAUGCCGAAAAGAAGCAUGAGAGGACAAAACUAAUGGCAACGACAAGUUCUAUGUGGUGAGAAAGUGUGUGAUUCGAUAUCUCAGCUGGGCGUAGACUUCUUCUUGCUUCAGAUCUUGAUGUCGAUCCAUACACCGCCGCACUUGUGGAAGGAGAUGAAGGCCUUUGCUUUGUUGUCCCAUGAAGCUGGGCGAUCCGUUCUGACCACUGGAAGCAUGGUAGAGCGGCAGACGCCAAACAGGAAGGCACAAGGAAUGUCUUCCAACGGCAAGCCUAAGACUUGGUGGCGGACACACAAACAUCUCGUUAUGUGGACUGCCUUCUUGCCCAGACCACAACACCAUCAUCACAUCCGUAGAGCUUGUAUGCAUUCAGCGAUCAGGGUGCUUUGUAUUCAAGGGAACACAGCACGAGCCCAACCAUGCUCAAGGGCUUGUCUGCCCCAGGAGCUGAGAAAAGGCUUGGAGCGCAAAGAUCAUACCUACGCUACCUCGUGAAGGACAGGACGUUUGUGCCAAGAAGAGCAAGACCUAGGGCCAGUACACACUGGUGCUACAUUCUGUGUCAGGCUCUGUGUUGUGCUCCUGGGAAGAUUGUAGGAUUCCAACAGAGAAAGCUCAAGGGCUUGUUUGGCUCAGUACGUGAGGAAAGGUAUGUAGCCAGAAGAUCAUACCUGCACUACCUGCUUUCUGAGCCUGAAGAAGAUAGCACAAGGAAGAUAUCAAAACUUUAUGGAGCCUGCCCUUUAUCGAAGGUUGCCAUAGGAACACCGCCUUCAUUGUCAUUCAAAUAAUACAGCUCAAGGGAUCCUUGUUCUGCUAUGUCGAGUACGUGAGGAAAGGGGUGUAGCCAGCAGAAGAUCAUAGCUGUACUACCGGCUUUUGUGGAGAUAGCACAACUAAUGGAGCCUUCCCUUCAGCGAAUGAAGGUUGCCAUAGGAACACCACCUUCCGAUACCUGUCAUUUGGAUAAUACAGCUCUACGGAUCCUUGUUAAGUUUGUACGCCAGACGCCACUGGACUGUUGAAAUAAAGUCCCGAGUUCGAACUCCACUGGAAGCAGAUGAGUGAAGUACUACAACUCUUGAUCGCCUAAUACAGAAACGGUCGUUGCUACUCGUUCUCUUCUUAUCGUACUGGCUGGCCUAGCUCAGUUGGUACGCCAGACGCCACUGUACUGUUGAAAUAGAGACCCGGGUUCGAACUCCACUGGAAGCAGAUGAGUGAAGUAUUACGACUCUUAAUCGCCUAAUACAUAAACAAAAAAUGCCAAAGGAAGGCUUGUGCAAGGCAAAUGUGACUCUGACCUGCCUUCCUGAAGCACAACGCAUAGUUUAGUUCCUCGAAAGAUAUGCUCUUUUUUAAGUCUUCUCGUUCCGUCUAAUAUUGACUACUUAGUGUUUUAUUUGGAAUAUAGGGCAAGAUAAGAAGAGGACAUGUAGCGAAGACCGUUCUUUAUGGUCUAGAGAAGCGUAAAUGCGGGUGGAAAAAGGGAAAAGUCUCAAAAGAAAAAAACUGGAGAGAAGUAAGUGUGAGUGGGGGCUUCGUAAUCUUAUCGACCAUGAAACCAUGUAUGCAGGUAGGAGUCGUCGGGAUGAACACAUUUAUGGAUAAAAGUAUCGAGCAAGGUUUGGCUUAGCUGUCUUUUCAUUGAGUGAGUUUUGUGUAUUUCAGUUUGGUGUUGGCAUUGGCUGGGAGGGAGAAUGUACAGUGUCUAUGUCUAUUUCAGUUGUCGUACUGACAUGCCGGAGGAGCAAUUGGAGGCAGGGAUGUUUUUUUUUUUCUUCCGUUCAGGUACGAGCUUGACUGAUUUGCAUCCGAAGUCUGAUUCAUCUAACUGCAGAUCCCAGGUGGAAAGGUUUUCAAUGAAGGUUGUGUUUUCUG